AUGUCUACACAAUCCACACCCAGCAUCCUCUUCACCAAUCGGUCCCGACAACAGGGCUUCCGGCUCCUCGAGCUGCCGCCCGAACUCGCGGAGCUGCUUUCUUCUGAGAAUCCGCCGACACUCGAACUUAAAUCGCCAGCCCCGUCGAACACAACAAAUGAUGCCGGAUCAGAAUACGUGAACCUCUGUACGGACACACAAACAUACUCGAUUCGCCAGGUCCAAUCAUCGAACUCGCUGCAUAUCCUCACACCGAGUAGUGGGAAUGGUGUGCGACGGGGCGAUUUGAAGAUUGUCGCGGGAGCUGGCGCAGACGGUGACGAUCAUGGCAAUGGGGAAGACGUGGAUAUGGACACAGACGCGGACGCGGACGCGGACGACCAAGGGCUCAAUCUCAACGUCGAAGGCACAGUGACCUCCAUCGCGAAAUGCGGGUCGACGCUGGAGUUGCACAAGCCGGCGGAGGGGUUCUCUGCUGUGCCGUUCCUGAACAAGAUGGUGCGGGUCUUUGAUGGCGCGGCUUGGGAGGAUAUGAACGGCGCCGAAGCUCAGGAUGAGGGUAUCACCGGAAAAGAAGCUAUGGAACGGGUCUUCGCCGACGUCCCUGUGUCAAGAACACAGUGUGAGCGUGAGUGGGUGGAAAUAUGCGCGUUCGUCCUCCCCUCGCCCACUGCAACAGCGACAACGUACUGGCGGCCUUCGGCUGAAAUGAGGCUGCGCGUUUGGAAGAGGGUUGUUGAAGGGGCGGUGCUGCAGGGCAUUGAUUUGGGAAAGCAGUUUCUUGUUGCGGACCUUUGGAAGUCGGUGCUUGAUGAUGAUGAUGGGGUUGCGCCAUUCCCCCGUCCGCUGUUUGAGGCUGUUGUAAGGAGAAUCCGUGAGCUGGCAGAUGACUUGACCGAGAUGAAGUGGGCCAGUAUUGAAAAGGAAACGUGUGUUCGAUGGGUGGGAGAGACGUAUCUCGAGGCCAAGGCAGCUGGCAGUGCCUCUGCUGUUGGCGAAAGCGAGUUUCUGAAUGCCUGGAAGGACCAACUUCCUGAACAUUGGAGGGAAGAUGUCUCAAUAGCUAUUUUACCUAACAAAUGCUAUAUGCAACCCGAGCCGAAAACAAUAUGCUUCGCCACUGAAGCUGAUAGACAAAAAGCCAAGAAAAACCUGCCCUCGGAUACCACCGCAGCAACGGCGGCUAAAAAGACGAGGAACUGGCAUGAGUUAUUCAAAAACCAAAAGCGUCAGAAACGAUGA